UCUUUAGAAGCAGUGUCAUUAGUGUGCAUGAGAACAGAAGAAGCACCAUGGUCCCAUUCAGAUGGAUUGAAGUGUUUUUAUUCUCUCUACUAAUAUUUCAGUGUAGAGGCAACAAUAUAACAGCAACACAACCGGUAACAACACAAUCAGAAAAUACAACUACUAUUGAACCUACAUCAGCAAGUGGAACAGAAAGGACUUCAUCAGGUGACAACACAACAACACCAAAACCCACAACAUCAACAACAACAAAUACAACUACUAUAUCACCAUCAAGCGAACCUACAACAACAGCUGGAACAACUGGAAAAAAAUAUACAGAAAUUUGGAAAUGGUUUAUCGUUGUUCUUGUGGGAAUUGUGGUACUAAUACUUGCUAUAGUCAUCACCACAUGGAAAAAAUCAAAUGGAAGCAAAACACAGGUGGAAGAAGCGACUAAGGUGGCGGGUGAACGCAGCUGCCAAAAAAAUGCUGAUGAUGAAGAUGUCUCCUAUGUCUCUGUCAGUUUUAUCAGGAGGUCCAAGUGUAAAGCCAAGGUCUGUAAUCAUAAUGAUGAUGAAGAUGACACUGUGACUUACAGCACUCUGAAGUUUCCUUUCUCUUCUGAUGGCGUUUCCACUGAUCCCAGCGACCUCUAUUCCACUGUCAACAAACAAAAGAAACAAGUUCCAGCCUGAAGGUUACAUUCUUUUUUCUGAUCGAUUGUUUGCAUUAUAUGAUAAAUAUGUGAAAAACAUUUUUAAAUUUUUCUUUAACUAAAAAAAAAAGAAAGAAAAAAAUGACCUGCAUUUGAUAAGACGACACAUGCGAUUGACACACUGGCUAAAGUUUCCCACCUUUUAUUUAAGUUGAGUUGUACAGGAGAGGAUUUGGGACACUGGAAAAAGUGGGGAUGUCUUUUUUAAAAUUUCUGAGAAAAAAAUGUCCCCACUUGUUUUUUCCCCAGGGGAUCCUCUUCCAUAGAGUUAAGUUAUAACAGGACAGGUAAAUGUUUAAAAUUAAAAUGCUUUGUAUUCAGCUGUUAAUAUCUAUCAUAUGUCAAUGAUAAUGAUCUCUUUGGUAAACAAUUGUGAAAAAAUGUCUUCUUAAUGUACAAUCAUCAGUACAAACAGUAUCAGCUUUCGAGGUAGUGAAACAAAGAAACCACUGACACUCCCUCUAGAAGUUGAGGUUAACGUUUUAUACUGUGUGCUCAUGUACUGUAAGCAAAGUCAAUAUUUUAUGUCUCUUUGCCUUUUUAAUAAUGUUACCUUGUUUUGGAAAUGUAACAAAAACUUACUUGUUUAUGUCCAAUUGGAUUAACUGAUCUAAUUGUGUCUAUGAUAUAAUAUCAAUUAUUACUCCAACUGUAUUUUAAAUUUGCUUUCUUGUAAGUUUAGCAUCUACUAAUUAAGAUGUUUUUUGUAGAAAAAUAAAAUAUAAUGUCAAAAAUCCCACCAAAACAUCUCUGCUGUUUCACAUUCCAUUAAGCUGCUAUAGCACAAAUGAACACCUAACUAGCUG